AGGCAAAACGAUUUCAUCGAUGCGUGCUUGUCUCAUGUCCUUUUUUUGAUAGAGCGAUGAGUGCAAAUUUUACAGAAAAGCGAACAGAACUGGUCGAUGUAAGUGUUGGUACCCCAGAUUCAGUUGAGAUGGCAAUCAUGUACCUAUAUGGCGUUGUGCAGAUAUAAACAUAGACAAUGUAGAGAUACUUCUUCAACAAGCCGAAUACUUCAUGAUUGAAGGUCUUAAAACUACUUGCAUCAAUUGGCUUCGUGAUUUUGAAAUUACGGAAAAAACUUACAUAUACGUACUGAAACUCGCUUCGGUGUAUAAUUUCGAAGUUCCAAAUGGUAUGGCUUACAUAGAAAGCCAUCUGCACGAAGUUUUCAAAACCGAAGAGGCACUGUACUUUUCAAGGGAAUUAAUCCAAAAGCUAUUUACUGACGAACGACUCUCUUAUGUAUCAAUGGACGAACGUUUAUCGUUUCUAAUGCACUGGGUAAGAAAUAACUCGGAUGAGACAAAGGCAAAUGUUAAGGAACUAUUUGACACAAUUGAUUUACAAGAUAUUACCGACUCUCUUUUGCGUGAAGCUUCUUGUAUUGACAUAUUGAAUGAGAUUAUUUUUUCAAGCGAUGUGGGAAGCACGUUACAUGGAGGCGAAUGUAAAUGUGAUGUUUUGAUCAUGACCGGUGAGAAAGGUUCCCUCUUAUGCUUUAAUCCUCAAAACGACACGUGGUAUAGACUGAUUCCUGAAAACAGCAACGACAUUCUUUAUAGAAAUAUUUCUGGCAUAAGGAACACAAAACCUGAGUUAUAUUUUACUAAAGGAGAAGGUCACUUGAUGCCUAUGUUUACGACCUUGAAUAUAGAAAAUAACGAAAUAAACUCAUACAGAUUUUACCUGAAAGAUGAGGACAUAUCUAAGGAGACAAUAACAAAUGUAUGCCUAGCAGAUAACACGUUGCUCGUUCUCACAAGAAAACAUGUUCAAAUUAUAGAAACACUUGCUGGUAAUCAAACGGAAUAUAGAAAUAUUGAUGCUGAUUGCCCUGGGAUUUCAUCAAGUAACACAGGUUUAGAAUCAUCACAAAAAAGAAUCAGAGUACGGAUCAUUUGUGAUGAUGAAAGAUUAUUCCCAGGAUAUUUUAGAAGCGGGGACCAGAGUAUAACUGUGAAGGACUCGGUUAAUACCGCUUUUCAUGUUGCCAAUGUUACAAGUCAAGAUGUAGAAAUUUUACCGAUAUUUUAUUUGCGUAACAUUGACAUUUCACGGGCAUGUAUUAAUGGCACACUUUCUACAGUCGCUUUACUUCCAAAAGACCAAAGGUCUGUGAUACUGUUUGAUCUUAUAAGUUACAAAAUGGAAACAUUUUGUUUAGAGCAAGCAACUGAUUAUAAAAUAUCUACGACAAACAAAGGAUUUGUUAUAUAUAACAACAAGCGUUGUUAUUGUUUGACGAAUAUAUAUUGGCCACUUUCAUCUAAAAGGUACCUGAUUGAGCUCUUUGAGCUUGAAUCCGAUGACCAAAGGACAGAAUAUCUUUUUUGCAACGGUUUUUGGAUCAAACUUUACAAAACAUUAUGUUAUAUUGAUCCGAAUUUAGAAAUGAGCUUUAUUCGUCAUGAAGAACUUCUGACUAGUGGAUGCCCCAGAAAAUUAAAAUGGACAAAAAUAUCUAUACCGGACAGCAAGAUGAUGCAUAAACUUUUAGUAGACAAUGAAAUAUUUGCAGUGCAAUUAUCAAAGAACAAGCUUCGCUGUCAUAUCCACUGUCCACAUUGUAAAUAUUCUGAGCGAUAAAGCUUAUGUACGGCUUUGGAAUAUGUUAGAUAUAUUGACCCGGGCGACCAGACUUGAACUUGAUUUCAACAGCAGCUAUGCAGAAUGCUCUUGUCGGCAAACUUUAAGUAUAAAAUUCUAUGAAAGCUCCGUCUAUUGAACACUUUUACCACAUGGCUAAACUAAAACAAACACAUAUCUGAACAUGUAUUAUAUUACUUCUUGGUGGAUAAGCUUCUGUUGAAAAUUUACGGACCACUCAAAAUAGAUGUCAGGACUCAUAUUGAUAUUUUUAACAAUCAUUUUAACGAUUAAACAUUAUCCUGUUUUCAGGAAGA